CGUUACUUAAUCCACCGAUGGUGGUUGGAGCCUUCCUCACAAUUAUGUACAUAUUUUAUUCCUGUAGUAAGAAUGUCCAACCUACUAUUUAUUUAAGUAAACUUCUUACAACAUAUCUACAUGGAAUAUGGGGUCUAGAAUCCCAAAAAUCAUUGGACGUAAUAUUUGAACAACACCUACGGGGCUAUUUCAUGAAAAUUGUUCACUUUCAAUAGUUGUAUUACUUUAAAGUUAUGUAAGCCUUAAGGCAGUUAAAAAAUAUAUCUGUUCAUUUUUCCCGGGAGUUUCAAAUCAACAAAAUCCCGGGAGCCACUCGCAAAACCCAAGGCACAAAAGAAAAUGUCAAAAACCUUCUCAGCUCAUCCACACAAACGUCAAACGGGUGUUUUCCUGCAACAGUUCUUAUUGCGUCGCGUUUUUUGAAAAAAAAAAAAUGCAUCCGUAUCUCCGCGCCUUAAAACCUUCGCAAUUUCGGUUCCCCGCAAUGGCCACCCCGGAACGCCGGCACUGUAUGUAACGCAGGAUCUCAAGUUUAAGCUGAAAAACACGGUUCCGGAGUUUGCCGGCGAUGGGACCGUCCGGUACGGGUGCUACUUGCUGGCGGCGGCCAGCGUGGUCGGAUAUGUGUUCAUGGAGACGACCGCCGGGCAAGGUGAUCGAUGAGGUUGUUCCGCUGUGGAUAGUUCCGGUGCCGAGGGAGCCGUUCAAGCUAGCGAUGUACUGUGACCAUGUGCUGCUAACGGUGGAUGUUGAUGUGGGUGUAUCAAUUUGUGAUAUUUACUCGGGCCUGUCGUUGAUGACGCCGACGGCUGGGAAAUUGUACGAGAUUCGGACGUCACCGGAAUGUGGCGUGAGGAGACGCAGAUUUUGUGGAAUCAACAUGUUUUCGAUGAUAUAAUUAUAGGCAGUGAAAAUAAUGUUUGAAAAAUAAGAUGUAGAAUAGAUGAGAAAAAAAAAUUAUUUAUAUACUUUAUUAUAAUAAAAGAAACCAUGGGUAAAAUUGGGAAAAUUGUUUUACUAUAUGACUUAUCGGCUCAUUACUUUUGAUAGGGUUAUAAGAUUUUCAAUCUUAUAGUAUCAUUUUAAAGGGUUUUCA